AUGUACCACUCUGUGAAGCUAUCACCUAGGUGCCGUGAUGUCCUCUCUCAUGGAAACAUUUGUAAACUGCUGAUUAUAAGUUCGAACAAGAUGGUGUGUAUCAUAAUACCCAUUGGAUUGAUAUCGUAUUGUAUCCGUGCUUGCAUUGAUGAUGCAGCAAGAAGAAAGGCCGAAAGAAGACUGGCCGCCAGGGAAUCCCCAGAUUGCCCCGGACUCUACCUUGAGAAAGAGCAAUGGGUAGAAUAUAAUGGAGAGCUAUGGGAUCUUUAUAAAGAUGGCGCUGGAUUAUACUACAUUAUUACAAGGAACAAGGAACCACUUCCCAUCAAUUAUCGACCACCAACAGGCGCAGACAAUGCUGGACUUGUUCGCAAUGAGCAGCCACCAGCCUAUAAGUAGACUGAAAUCAUGUAUUUAAAGACUUAGACUGACUCAAUUUUAUUUCACAUUGAAAGUAACACAAGGAACCACUGCUUAUUAACUAUCAACCACCAACAGGCGCAGACUAUGCUGGACUCGUCUGCAAUGAGCAGCCACCAGCCUA